AUGGACCCAAUAGCUAUUCUGAAGGUCAUCUAUGAGACGGCAGCGCUUAUUAAACAAACGGUUGACAAUGCCAAGGUGAAUGAGAAACAAUGCAAAAGACUUGAAGAAAGAAUCGGCGCAAUUAGUGAGAGCUUGAUAUCGAUAAAUGAUCGUGAUCUACAAAGACCAGAGCUUAAAAAGUCACUCGGUAAUUUUCGCAACUGCGUUAAACAAUGCUUAGACUUUGUAACUCAGUUUAAUGACGAAAAAUGGUAUUCUUAUAAAAAGAUCUUCAAAACUCAAGCCCAUAAAGAGCAAUUUGACGAAAUGAAUCUUCAACUAUCUCAAUGCGCUACUGAUCUCAAUUUAGGCAUCAAUUUGAAACAGAUGUUUGAUCGUAAAUUAGAUGAGAGUGAUCAAAAAGUGGAUCUGAAGAACAUCGAAUUGAAGAUUGAUGAAAUCACAACGAUGAUGGAAAAAAAGGACGAAGAACAAGUUCUUCGCUUUAAAGCGAUGGAAGAAAAUAAUACGCAGCGGCAUAAUUCAAUGAAGAGUUUAAUCAUGGAGUGUAAUAAGGAACGUAGGGAUUCUGCCAGAGCAUGUAAGAUCGAAGAGGAAAAAAAUGCAUAUCGUCAAAUCCCAUAUGACGACUUGAUAAUAGAGAAAUGUAUCGGGCGUGGUGGAUUCGCUGAUGUGUAUCGUGGAAAGUGGUUGUCUCAUGAUCAUGAAGUAGUCAUUAAACUCAUUCGAAUUGAGCAUCUGGAUGAUAGAGUGAAAGAGGACUUUAUUAACGAAAUUUCGGUGAUGUAUCUAACGCGCUAUGAACAUAUUCUCAAUAUAUUUGGCGCCUGUAUGGGACCCACAAAAUAUGCACUCAUCGUCGAAUAUAUGUCACUUGGUUCUCUCUAUGAUGUUCUACAGCGAAAAAAGCCACAACUUACAUGGUCUGAUCGAUUGUCAGUUGCUAAUCAGAUGAUCAAAGGCGUUAAUUAUUUGCACAAACUUCCAAAGCCAAUUAUCCAUCGCGAUAUUAAAUCAGUCAAUAUUAUUAUGACAGAUAAUGUAAAAGGUUUUCUCGUCAAAAUUGCUGACUUUGGCCUAGCUAAAAUACGUCACGAAACGUCGCGCCAAUCAAGUCAUGGCCCUUCAGUUGGUACUUUACCAUGGAAAGCGCCCGAACUACUAAAAAUGGGAAAGCAUACAGAAGCUAGUGAUAUAUAUGCCCUUGGUGUUGUGCUUUGGGAGUUAGCCACGGAAUCUGAACCAUACGGAGACUGA